AUGGCCCUCCUAGUCGUGCUAUACGCGCUGCAGGGAUUGCCCCUAGGUCUCAGCGCCGGCAGCAUACCGUUCCUGCUGCAGUCUUCCACUUCGUUGACCAAGAUCGGGCUUUUCUCGAUUGCUGGCUACCCGUACUCCUUCAAGCUGCUCUGGAGCCCCAUCGUCGACACGCUGCACCUCCCGCACCUCGGCAGACGACGGUGCUGGAUCGUGCCCAUGCAGAUUGUGUCUGGGCUGCUUAUGUUCGCGCUGGCCGACAGGGUGCAGGCCUUCGUCGACGCGUCCGACGUCGUGGCGGUCACGGCGCUGUUCUUCGUCCUGGUGCUGCUGGCAGCGACGCAGGACAUCGCAGUCGACGGAUGGGCGCUCGAGCUGCUGUCGCCGGCCAACGUGGAGCACACGUCGAUGUGCCAGACCGUCGGCAUGAACAUCGGCUACUUCUCGUCCUUCACCGUCUUCCUCGCGCUCAACGACGCGGCGUUUUGCAACUCCUGGCUGCGCGACGCUGCCGCGCGCUCCGACACGCCGGUGCUGCCGCUGUCGACGUUCCUUCGCAUCGUCGGCUGCCUGUACCUGGUCGUCACCGCCGUCGUGCUCUUCGUGCCGGAGCGGAGCGACUCGGGCGCCGGGAGGCACGGCACGGAGGCUCCGGAGUGGACGCAGGUGAAAGGGGCCUACGCCCAGCUGCUGGGCGUGCUGCGGCUGCCGGCGCUGUGGCACCUCGCGGUCCUCCUCGUCGCGUACCGCCUGCCCGUCAUCCCCGCGGAGCAAGCGGGGAGUCUCAAGCUCCUUGGGAAGGGGGUGUCCCGCGAGACCCUGUCAGGCCUGUACGUGGUGCAGUUCCCCUGCGAACUGCUCUCGGCGGUGCUGGCCGGGGUGUGGGCGCAGAAGAAGGGCGUCGCACACGCGUUCGGCUGGGGCAUGGUCAUGCGCGUCGGGACGGCCGCGGCCAUGACGUCAUUCAUCGCGGCAUUCCCGUCAGGAGGCCCCGCGCCGGAGCUGGCCGCGGCGCCGCUGCGAUACGCGACGCUCCUGGCGAUCUCGAUAUCGUACUCCUUCUCCUCCACGCUGAUGUUCACCUCGCUCGGGGCCCUGUUCGCGAAGAUCUCGGACCCGUCGAUCAGCGGCACAUACCUCACCCUUCUGAACACCGUCGCCAACGUGGGCAUCAGCAUCCCGAAACCCGCGAUGUUCGCCUUGAUGGACUGGACGACGCGAGCGGUGUGCGAGAUCGGGGGGGUGAGCGCGGAGCGGAAGGCGGUGCUGGACGGCGACUGCCUGAACAUGGAGGAGCACGCUGCGAGGGGGGCGGGCGCGGCGUGCGCGGCUGCGGGCGGCAGCUGCAGCACGACGGUGGACGGGUUCUACGUGGUGAGCUGCGCGUGCCUGGUCGGCGGGAUGCUGGCGCUGCCGCGCAUGUGGCGGAUGAUUGCGCAGGCGGAGGGGCGGCCCCUACGGGAGUGGAGGGCUACGCCUAAGGUGAAAGGGCGAUGA